AUGGGCUCUUACUCUCCUACCAACCGAGCUCUCUGGCUCUCCAGCUUUGAUGAGCCCCCAACACUCAUCGACCUACCCAUCCCAGACGCAACAGCAGGCACAGUCGUGGUUCGCAUCCUCGCAGCUCCAAUUGUCCCCUACACACAGCUCGUCCACUCCGGAAAGCUCCCUCAACUCAAUCUCUCCCUUCCUCUUGUCCCUAAUCCCAAUGCCGUCGGUCGCGUACACGCCGUUGGACCCGAUGCUGUCCGUCUAAAGCCCGGCGACCUUGUAUACGUGGAUGCCACUAUCCGUGGGCGUGAUGACCCUGAUGUCAUGAUCAUGAUGGGCCAUCAUGGCGGCGAAGGGGAGGAAGGAAAGAAGCUCAUGCAAGGCGAAUGGCGUGACGGUUCACUACAGCAAUACCAGCGAGCACCACUCGAAAACGUCUACAAGCUAGACGAGCAAAAGCUACUCAAGCGAUGGGGCUAUUCACCCGCCAUUCUCCAAAGCAUUGCGCACUACAGCGUUGCGGGCGGAGCCAUCAUUGAGGCAGCAGACGUUAAAGUGGCAGAGACAGUCAUCAUCGGUCCAUCUGGCGGCUCAUUCGGUGGUCUCGCUGUAGAAGUCGCCCUCACAUUGGGCGCAAACGUUAUUGCCCUCGGCCGCUCAGAGGACAAGCUCAUAGCCAUGAAGGAAAAGCUCAACAACCCACGGUUCAGCUACGUUGUCAUGACAGGCGACAACGAAGUCGACACAGCCGCCAUCCUCGCGCAGACACCAAACGGCGCGGGAGCAGAUGUAGUCAAUGACUGGACUCCAGGAGCUCUCAGAACAGCUCCCUUCCUCACAGCCGCGGCAGGCGCUCUCAAGAGAAAAGGCAGAGUCGUUCUCAGUGGCGGCACACCAGGGCAUCUCGAGAUCCCUUACCACGUCAUUGUCCAUAAGGACCUUCAGAUCAUGGGGAAGUGGAUGUGCGAGAAAUCGACACUCAACAAACUCAUCAACAUGAUGGAGAGUGGAAACCUCAAGGUCGGCGUCGAGAGUGGCACUGAGGUGACCAUCUUCAGCCUAGAGCAGCAUGAAGAGGCCAUUGAGCACGCAGCCAAGAAUGGCGCCUGGAGAAACUACACCGUUAUUGCUCCCAAUGACGAGUAG